AUGCCUGUUGAUUACAGUAAAUGGGAUGCUUUAGAGCUCAGCGAUGACUCUGAUAUCGAAGUCCAUCCCAAUGUGGACAAGCGGUCCUUCAUCCGCGCCAAGCAGAACCAGAUCCACAUGGAACGCGAGCAGCGCAAGCACCACAUCGCCACUCUAAAGUACGAACGUAUCAUCAACGACGGCCUUCUCAAGCGCAUCUCCGACCUCCUAACCUCCCUUAAGGCCCACGCCUCCGACGCUCCAGCCUCAUCCUCGACGUCACCGGUUCAGCAUGCUGCCCAGAUCGCCUUCAAGGCCGUCAUGGAGACGGCACCGAAAAACCCUGACGAUGACAAGCCGCCCCCGAAGCCUGAGGGGGUACAUCCCGAUAGCGAACCGCUGCCUACGUAUUCGAAGAUGAUGGCGUCCGUGUUGGAUCAGGUGAAUAAGGCGUUGGAGGAGAAGAAAGUUACGCCUGAGAAGAGGUUUGACGCCAUGGUGGAGGAGGUUGGUGUUCAUUUGAAGCGCGUGGAGGGCCUGCAAGAGGAGCUGCAGAAGAAGUUAGACGAGCUCGAGGAGAAGGAUAAGAAGAAGAUUACGAGCGAAAGCUAUCAUACGGGCUUUGAUAGCUCCUACGUGAACAAGUCUAAGUCGACGUCCUCAGAUUCGAAGUCCACUGCCAAGCAGUCGCAGCCGGAGCUACUGAACCCGAACUACGAAAAGAUGCUUGCAGCACAGUCCGAAUCCGCAAACACGAGCAAGGCGAACAAUGACGAAGAUGACGACGAACCCGUGGAAGCGUCCGCCGACGCCAAAGAAUUUAGCCGAAUCCCCAUCAACGACUACCGUCGAAGCUUCGACUUCAUCACCGCUCACCCUGCAAUCCUCGCCGAAAAGGAAUCCGACGGCCUCCUCGUCGAAGCAUUCGACGCCAGCCUAGAGGGACACGAGCAAUAUGCUCGCCAAUGCGUGCACCAAGCGUUGCUAUUACAGUACUGUCGCGCCCUAGGCAAGGAUGGCGUGCCCCUCUUCUUCAAGCGCAUCAGCCAAAAGACCAACGCCCACGACAUGUUCUUCAAGGACGUGCAGGAUACGUAUGCGAAGAUCCGCACCCGCACGCGCGAGAUUGCUGCCGAGCGGGCGAACGAGGCGGCUACCGGCGGCGUGGAGCAGAUUCAGCUGCAUGCUGUGGAGCCCGGUACCACGAUUAACAUUACGAUACCCGAUGCGAAUAGCGAGGAUGAGGAGGUGAGGAAGGCGAGGGCUGUGUUUGAGGGGUUCAAGCCGGAGCUCAAGAAGGCGCUCGAGUCGGGUAGUUUGGAUGAAGUGAACAAAGUCCUUGGAGAGAUGAAGAUUGAUGAGGCAGAGGAAGUUGUGGGUCUUUUAGGCGAGGCGGGCUGUCUGAGCUUGGAGGAGCAGAUUAUCGACACCACCACCGAAGAGGGCAAGAGACAGCUCGAGGAGUUGGGAAGGUCAACGGAAGGUAGUGCAGAGGCACCUCCCGCAGCUUCCAAGGAGGCCUACCCGGACCCUGAGUAA